GGGUGGAUCGUCGAGCGUGUGGAGAUCGGUCUGUCUGGUGCAGCAGCUGUAGUCUCCUCAGCAACAUCACGGGAGAGGCAGUAACCAGGCUGAGUUGGAAUUCACUUAAAGUUAAAGAUGGUUGAUUUACAUAACAAGACAACGUGCCAAACAACUGGAGGUCAAAGGGCAGGGGUUUUUGGUUCAGAUGAAUUUGGCUCUAAUCCAUGAGAAGCAGGUCAUUACGUCAUUCUGGGAGCAGAGGAUUGAGAAGCACUCCCAGGUAUCAGACACUGAGGAAACCCGCAUGAAGGGGAGUGCCCUGUCAAAGCUCCGAGAUGAAUGGGUCAUAAGGCUGGAGAGCCGAAACAGACAUCUGAAGACUUUCAACGACGAACGUGCAAAGAAAGUCAGAGCUGAGAAGGAGCUGGAGGCCGCUCAGGCCGCGCAGAGCAAGAAGAAGAAGGAGGAGGAGGUCGAACAGAAGGAGAAGGAGAAGGAGGAGGAGGUCGAACAGAAGGAGGAGAAGGAGGAGGAGGAGGUGGUGGACAAUACUGAAGAGAACAAACUCAAUGGCAACGUAGAGAAUGAAGCCGACGCUAAAAUGGAGGUGGCUGACACAGAGGUUGACAUGGAGACACUGGAAAACACAGAGGAAGUACAAAGCGAAGAACCGGAACGCAGUGAGGAUAGCAAGGAGGAGCAGGCAAUGUUGUCACAGGAGGAGAUCGUAGUAGAGGCUGAGAUGAAAGAUGUGGAGGAGAACGUAGAGCUUCCACAGAAUGGUGAGCUAGACUCAGAGAUGCAGCAGGAGGAGAAACCAGAGAUUGUGAUAGAACAUACGGAACAGGAGUGACCUGACCCGUCCUCCUGUGUUUCUCAUUCUCACUACAGCCAUAAAAUAGUUAUGAACACUUUCAACAUGCACGAAGCAAUACACUGGGUUCCCAAUAAAUUAUUGAGGUGUAAUGUUUCUUGUGUCCGCUUUUAUCUUUGUAUUUCAUACAGUGUUAUGUUAAAGGUGCACUGUGUAAUAUUUUUGGUAGUUCAUUUCCAGGAUUCAUACUACGUAUUCACAAAUUUUACCUUUUUCAUGAAUACUUAUUACCACCAUUAAAUUCUAAGUAUUUAUUAUGAUUGGCAAAAAAAAGGCACUUUUCAUACAUGAAAAGGUGGAACUUCUCCAUGUCUGCCUUGUUGAAUUUCCAGAACACCUUUAGCUGAAAAACACACUGUACUUACUCAUGAAUAUUAGUUUUACCCAGCAAAUAUUCAUGAAAAGAUAAAAAUUGGCAAUAGGUAACAUUGUUGCCAUGAGCAGCAUAGUUGCAAUACCUACUCUGGCCACCAUCCUACACAGUGCACCUUUAACCCAUUGAUGCUGGAAGCUGCAUUUACCUAGAUCAGCGGUGCUCAAACUUUUCCCUCUGCGCACCCCCUUGUACAUUUCAAUGUGGUCUGCGCACCCCCUAAGCGAAUAUUUUGGAGUGCUGAUGGCCACGCAAGUGUGGAUUCACUGCUAAUUCACUGCACAUUAUGCACAGUCGUUUUGGGGAAUCCUCUUUUCCAAUAGUCAAGGAGUUAAACUGCACUUCAGAUGGGCCCUUCCAGCAUACAAUUCACCAUAAAAUUAAAAACAAAUUCAUAUUCAUUAAUGCUAGAUAUAAAACACACAUAUCCACCAUUGCUCUAUUCAGCUCGCGCACCCUCUAAUGGCAGGCCGCGCAACCCCAGGGGUCCACGCACCCCAGUUUGGGAAAACCUGACCUACAUGAAGCAUUCAGGCUCAUGAGAUUUGAGAUUUUUUUCAAAUUAA